AUGCGUUCCAGUCUAUCAUGCGAAUUUUGCCGGCGGUCCAAAAUCAAAUGCGUCAACAGCGGAAGUCCGCCAUGCCGUAAAUGUGAAAAGUCAGGGCGAGAUGAUUGCCAAUUGACCAGACCGCAAGUCAAUGCUACUGGACGAGCGUCCAAAAGGCCCCGAAGGGCAGACGAUGGCUUCGAUGCGUCGCUGCGAAGCUCCUGCGAGCAGGAUGGCGAAUCUCAACAGGUUCAUGUAUCGGCGUCGCAAUCCAGGGGCCCUGCGACUCCCAGUCGGGGGUCGGCCGACCCAGAGUGCCGUGUUGGAAAGGAUGAGAUGGAUCGACACCUUCAGAGUAUACCCAGAGACUUGGUAUUCAUUGCGCUGGAGGCAUUCUGGCGCAAAUUUCCUGAGCUGAGGAUCAUUCAUCCAUCGUCGUUUAUGCAAGCUUUUAAAUCUACUUGCCCAAAGGAGAGCAAGGCCUUGCUAGCCACAGUGCUUGCAAUGACGAAAACGCAGAACCCGGACUCCGACCGAUUACGGACGCAGAUCUUAUAUCCAAGUGAGCGUUAUGCGGCUUAUGCAAGUGAGGUCUUGGCAGCCUGUAUCCUGCAGCCCCCAGAUGUCAACGUUAUUCAGGCGCUACUGAUAUUGACCUUGUUUGAAUGGGGUACACGGGACUUUCACAAAGCGUGGAUGCAUUGCGGUAUCGCCAUUCGUAUGAUGCAACUGCUUCAUAGUUCACGAGUAGCCCCUUUCCCAUUAGAAAUACCACAUCGAAGUGAACAUAACGAAUUAACAACUGCAAUCGAAACGAGAACUUUCUGGGCUUGUUUUGUUAUGGACUGUAUGGUCAGCUCUGGUACCUACAAUCCGCGUGUGCUUCCAAAGCAAGAGAUGGCCAAGCUCAACGUGCCCCGGCCACCGACAUCCACUGAAUUCGCCUUGGGCUCUGGAUCAGUUGGCCAAACAGAAGACUCAGAGAACAUCUUAACACCAGGAGGCAGUAAAACCUCAGUCUACCUCGACCUUGACCAAAGCUUUGGGAUUAUGGCCGCUGGUUUCGAUAUUUACUCCGACGUCAUGGCCUUUGUGUUCAACGACGGCCGGAGGGCGCCAGGCAUGUGCUCACCGGAAAAUUGCCCUUGGGUUCCAACAUCACCAGUCGCCUGUUGGCGUAGGCGUUUGGAAGAAUGGAGGGCAAAGCAACACCACCGGCUGCAUUACCCUGAAAACAGUGUGGUGGCCCAUGCGACAUUAGGAUACGGCGAAUCUUUCGUGUACCUCAACUUACUUUACUACCAAAGUAUCAUGAUGCUCCAAAGGGAGUACUUUCCCUUCUUACCCGGCUUGGAAGCGUCGCCUCAAGGUCCCAUAGACCCCCCACUUCUCGAAGCCGAAGCUCCACCUGGCUGGUGGGAAGAAAGUUCCCGAGAGCUCUUUGGAGCAGCGGAACAUCUAGGGAGUAUUCUUCAAGAGGCUUCCGAGUGCGGCGUCGCAGUAAUGACGCCAUUUGCUGGCUUUUGUGCAUUUUCAUCAUGUUACAUCAACCUUUACGGAUUCCGCUUUCCUCGGAUUACCCUUGGGUACGCUCCAAGGGCUGAAGAAUUGAUGAACACCAGUAUUGAAUAUCUGAAAAGAUUCCGCGAAGUCUGGGAUCUGGGAGAUGGAUGGCUCAAAACCAUACAAAAUGGAUCAUUGAUGUACCAGAGGGUUAUCUCAAAUAAUCAUCGAUAUCGCGGUCUGUCGAGGUUCAACUUCAAUGUUUUGCAUCAAUCAGUCCAUGAGUUUCGUGUUGUGGAUAGAUCAGCGCAGCAUCUCGAAGAAAUCAACAACGCCGAGAGGAGCUCUAUUGGUACAGUAGAGGGAGAUGGCUUGGUAGAUAAGCAACAGCCAAGCGUUGGUGGAUUAAGUGCUCAGGCCUUAAUAGAUCCUAGCGGGAAUAUGGAUGACCAAGGCCUGUGGCCAAAUUGGUGGUCGAUGCUAGAAGAAGUGAACACACAGGAAAUAUUCACGUUAACUUGA